AUGAAUUGGCUUUGGACAUGUUCGGUUGCGCUACUGGCGUUGGAGACAGCGCAAGCCCAGCAUUGGAGAGGAAAUGGAUUCGGAUGGGGAUGGCAGCUGCCGGGCAGGAACAUCAAACCCCCUGUGGGUAUUAAACAAGGCUUUUUCACACAAGUUCUCGAUCACAAGAACCCCGGGCUCGGAACCUUUCGGCAGCGGUACUGGUACGACACACAAUACUGGAAAGGCCCUGGCUCGCCGGUGGUAUUCUUGAACGCCGGCGAGGUGGAUGCGUCAGGCUACACCGGCUACUGCACCAACGAAACCAUCACAGGCCUGAUUGCACAGGAGAUUGGCGCUGCAACCAUUGUAUUCGAGCAUCGCUAUUGGGGCGAGUCCUCUCCCUUUUCGGAGCUGACUACCGCCAACUUGACAUACUUGACCUUGGAGAACAGCAUCCAGGACAUGAUUCAUUUUGCCCAGAACGUGCGCCUGCCAUUCGCUUGGCACACCAACGCUGCCGAUGUUCCGUGGAUUCUUGUAGGUGGUUCAUACCCCGGUGCUCUGGCCGCCUAUACCGCCAGUGUGGCCCCUGGAACAUUUUGGGCCUACUUGGCGAGCAGUGCGCCUGUUCAAGUCAUUUCUGACUUUUGGCAAUACUUUGCGCCAGUUCAAGCGGGCAUGCCGACAAACUGUAGUGCCGAUGUGGCCAAGGUGAUUGACUACAUGGACAACGUCAUGGAGCACGGAUCCGAGUCGCAAAUCCAAGACCUGAAGAACAAGUUCGGCCUUGGAGAGCUUCAGCACAACGACGACUUCAUGACCACGCUGGAGAACGGACCAUGGCUCUGGCAAGCCAACAGCGACCUCUCGAUCUCGGGAUUUUGGGAUUGGUGCGACUAUGUCGAGAAUUCUGUCAAUGCGAGUGGUUCCAGUCUGCCAGGACCAGAGGGUGUUGGCUUGGAGAAAGCACUGGACGGCUAUGCUGCCUGGUUAAGAUCUUACAUUCCUGGAAGCUGUGCUAGCUACGGUUAUUUCCAGGGCGAUGAAAACACGGACUGCUACGACUCGUACGAUGCAAGCAGCCCCAUAUUCACUGAUCUUUCGGUCAACAACACAGCCAGCCGACAAUGGACAUGGAUCCUUUGUAACCAGCCAUUUGGAUUCUGGCAAGACGGCGCUCCAGAGGGAAGGCCAAGCCCAGUCUCACGAUUGAGUACUCCUGCGUAUUGGAUCAGACAAUGUGGGCUGUACUUUCCCACGGGACCACAAGGCCAGACAUAUGGCAUCAACAAGGGCGCCACCCAAGCCGAGGUUAAUGCCUAUACCGGCGGCUGGGAAAUCACCAACACGACGCGACUCGUGUACACCAACGGAGAGUUCGACCCCUGGCGCUCCGGCAGCGUUUCCUCAACUUUCCGCCCGGGAGGGCCGUUGGCCAGUACGCCACAAGUACCCAUCAAUCUUAUCCCGGGUGGUGUACAUUGCUAUGACUUGCUUGCCGCCAGCGGCCAGGCGAACGCUGCAAUUGAGCAAGUUCAGCGCGCUGAAGUCGCGCAGAUGAUGAAGUGGGUAGCAGAGUGGCCAUAA